AACCCGCUGCCGGGCAGGCAGCACCAGAGCAGAGCGACGCCGCCGUCCCGGAGAGCUUUCUCGACAGCACCGCUCGCAGCCGGACCACGCGUUCCCGCAGCCUCGCGCCUUUCCCUCGAGACGGCGGACGCCGGACGAUUGGGGCGGCAGCGACUUGCCAUUUCCUUUUUUUAUUAAAAUUAUUUUUCCUGCCUAUUGCUGGAUUUUUGUUUUUAUUUUUGUUUUACGAUUUUUGUUUAGCGGAGAAAAAACCACCGAAGGCGUUUGCGUGACGUUUCCGGGAUACAGGAGCGGAGACCACCGAGGCAGCCGCGCGGGCCGGUGCACCGCCAAGGACAAAAGGAGCCCAGUGUUCACCGCUGCACCCUCUCUUCCUCCCGGUGCCAGCAUGAAGAAAACCGAAAUGGGAAGGUUCAAUAUUUCCCCGGAUGAGGACAGCAGCAGCUACAGUUCCAACAGCGAUUUCAACUACUCCUACCCCACCAAGCAAGCUGCUCUGAAAAGCCAUUAUGCAGAUGUAGAUCCUGAAAACCAGAACUUUUUACUUGAAUCAAAUCUGGGGAAGAAGAAGUAUGAAACAGACUUUCAUCCAGGUACUACUUCCUUUGGAAUGUCAGUAUUUAAUCUGAGCAAUGCGAUUGUGGGCAGUGGAAUCCUUGGGCUUUCUUAUGCCAUGGCUAAUACUGGAAUUGCUCUUUUUAUAAUCCUCCUGACAUUUGUGUCAAUAUUUUCCCUGUAUUCUGUUCAUCUCCUUCUGAAGACUGCCAAUGAAGGAGGGUCUUUAUUAUACGAACAGUUGGGACAUAAAGCAUUUGGAUUAGUUGGAAAGCUUGCAGCCUCUGGAUCAAUUACAAUGCAGAACAUUGGAGCUAUGUCAAGCUACCUCUUCAUAGUGAAAUAUGAGUUACCUUUGGUGAUCCAGGCAUUAAUGAACAUUGAAGAUACAACUGGAUUGUGGUAUCUGAACGGUGACUAUUUGGUUUUGCUGGUGUCACUGGUGCUCAUUCUUCCUUUGUCCCUGCUGAGAAAUUUAGGAUAUUUGGGAUAUACCAGUGGCCUUUCCUUAUUGUGUAUGAUGUUCUUCCUGAUUGUGGUGAUUUGCAAGAAAUUUCAGAUUCCUUGCCCUGUGGAAGUUGGCUUGAUAAUUAAUGAGACCCUAAACAGCACCUUAACCCAGCCGACGGCUUUUACACCUGAGAUGGUAUUUAAUAUGACGGACGAUGAUUCUUGCAGACCACGUUAUUUUAUCUUCAACUCACAGACUGUCUAUGCGGUUCCAAUUUUGACCUUUUCAUUUGUCUGUCAUCCUGCUAUCCUUCCCAUUUACGAAGAACUCAAAGGCCGCAGCCGUAGAAGAAUGAUGAAUGUGUCCAAGAUUUCAUUUUUCGCCAUGUUUCUCAUGUACCUGCUUGCUGCCCUCUUUGGAUACCUGACAUUUUAUGAACAUGUUGAAUCAGAGUUGCUUCAUACCUACUCUACAGUCAUGGGAACUGAUAUUCUUCUUCUCAUUGUUCGUUUGGCUGUGCUAGUGGCUGUCACCCUGACGGUACCAGUAGUCAUCUUCCCAAUCCGGAGUUCUGUAACUCACCUGCUGUGUGCAGCAAAAGAUUUCAGUUGGUGGCGUCAUAGUAUCAUAACCGUGUCUAUCCUGGCAUUUACCAAUUUGCUUGUCAUCUUUGUCCCAACAAUUAGAGAUAUCUUUGGUUUCAUCGGGGCAUCUGCAGCUGCUAUGUUGAUCUUUAUUCUGCCAUCUGCCUUUUAUAUCAAGUUAGUGAAGAAAGAACCUAUGAAAUCUGUACAAAAGAUUGGGGCUGUGUUCUUCCUGUUAAGUGGCAUAGUCGUGAUGACCGGAAGCAUGGCCUUGAUUGUUCUGGAUUGGGUACACGAUGCCCACGGAGGUGGCCAUUAACUGGUGCCGCUGAAACCCCGCUAGUCCACUUGAUGCCAGUGUUGAGUCAACUCUCAACUUACUAUGAAAUUUCACCUAAUGUUUUCAGUUUCACUUCCUUUUGAAGUGCAGAUUCCUCGCUGGUUCUUCUGAGUGCAGAAUAAGUGAACUUUUUUUUUUUCUUUUUAAAGAAACUAUUCUGUAUGAUAGAAAUGGAUAUGAACAACCAAACCACGAGUCUCGGGUUAAUGGAAGUGACAAUUUUAUUCCAUUCCAGAGAAUGGACGAACUCUUUAACUUUAUCAAGCCACAUGGUUGGCUGUGUCAUUGUUUAACUUGGAUAUUUUAUGAUUUUACUUGAAUGUGCCUAAUGGAACCAUUCGAUGUGAGAAACAAUUCUUAUUAAUUUACAGCAAAGUAUUGAAAUAACCAUUGAGAAAAACACUAUUAUUUUUUUGUACCAAAAAUAUUUUAAGACCUCAGAAGCACUAUUUUACUUUUAAAAAAAGUUGCUUUCUUUUUAAACUUUAUCCAAAAACAAUUGUCAACAAAUUCCAUAAGAAAAAACCAUUGGUGUUUAAAAACAAAUAUUAGUAUGGUGAAAUGAUUUGCCUUUUUGUAGGCAUAAUAAGCCAAAUACUUUUUUUAACCCAAAAAAAUUUUUAGAGAAAAUGAUGUAGACAAAUUGUACCAUGAAUAGGAGCAUAGUUUUUUCCAUUCAGACUUCACCGUUAAAGAAUAAAUAACUGAUGGAUUAUAUUGCUAUACCAAAUCAGAUGAACUCGUUCAUCACUUUUCUUCUCUGGCCCCAAUUAAUUUAUUUCAUUCAGACUGAAAUACACUUAUGGCUUCAAUCUAUUAGAAUGGAAGAUACAAAGCAAUGGGAAGUAAAAUAACUAAUUUUGAGGUACCAAAUAGUGCAAUUGGGUAAAACAGGGUUUAUUCAGUUGCAUCUGUCUCCAGAGCUGUAUUGACAGCUCUGGGGGGGUUUUUUGUUUUUGUUUUUGUUUUGGGCCAGCCCUUUUUUUGACAUUGCUUCCAGCAGUGGGAAAUGGGCAUUUGAUGGCUAUAGGCCAAAACUAUUCUAUCCAGAGAGUACAACUUUUUGCAAUGUUCAUCUACUGCUGGAAGUGGGAAUUACUUGAUAAUGUAUGGCUUAGUUGUGUUCUUGUUUUGUCUACAGUAGAGGUCUAAUUCACAGGUUACACCGGUAUUUGGUAUAAGUUCUCUUCAGACAGGCCACUGGGUUUUCUCAUGCAGUAAGUUUUAAAACUCCUUUGCACUGGAUUGUCAUCUCAUUCUUGUACAACACAGAAUUAUUUGUUUACAUCCAACAGAUGGUUAGCUAGGGAAAACAGUGCAUCCUGAGUGUAAGUAGUUGGUCCAACUGCAUGUUCAUCCUUCCAUUUCAGUGCCAGUUAGAAGUGAAAAAAUCACGUGGCUUUAAGAGCACAUUUAUUGUACGUUAUGGUGUAUGGUGAAUAUAUUAAAUAAUGUGGUA